AAACACAGCACCAUUCCACCGAUCGACCAGCCUGAAUGUCCCGAAGAACGCGAUAGUCGAGCGUUCGUGGACGCGAUAGGGAGCUCGAAAUCAUGAGCGAUCUUCACAACACUCCGAUCGUCAUCGACAAUGGCAGCGGCACCAUCAGAGCUGGAUACGCAGGCGAGGACUCACCGCGAUGCUUCUUCCCUUCAUAUGUCGGCCGGCCAAAGCACAUGCGUGUACUCGCGGGUGGAUUAGAAGGCGACGUGUUCAUCGGAAACCGCGCGCAAGAGCAUCGAGGCCUCCUGAAGAUCCGGUACCCUCUCGAACACGGCAUUGUCACGGACUGGGAUGACAUGGAGAAGAUCUGGCAGCACAUCUACACCGACGAGUUGAAGUCACUGAGCGAAGAGCACCCGGUCCUGCUCACGGAGGCACCUCUCAACCCACGCACAAAUCGAGACACCGCCGCACAAAUUCUCUUCGAAACCUUCAACGUACCCGCGCUCUAUACCUCCAUCCAAGCAGUGCUCUCCUUGUACGCAUCUGGACGCACAACCGGAAUUGUUCUAGACGCGGGAGACGGGGUCUCACACGCGGUGCCUGUAUACGAGGGCUUCGCAGUCCCUAGCAGUAUCCGGCGGAUAGACGUGGCAGGAAGAGAUGUAACAGAAGAGCUGCAACGGCUGCUGCGAAAGAGUGGGAGUGUCUUCCACACCAGCGCAGAGAAGGAGAUUGUGAAAGCGAUCAAGGAGAAGCACUCAUACGUGGCUCUGGAUCCGAAGAAGGAAGAGAAGGAAUGGCAAAGUGCGAGCAACCGAGGUGGAGAAAGCAAGGUAGCGGAAUACGUCUUGCCAGAUGGGAGGAAGCUCAAAAUUGGGCCUGAGCGCUUCCGAGCGGCAGAGAUCCUCUUCGAUCCUGAGCUGAUCGGACUGGAAUGGCCGGGACUCCACCAAAUCGUCGUCGACUCCAUAAAUCGAACCGACAUGGAUCUGCGGAAAGCGCUCUUUGGCAACAUUGUCCUGUCCGGCGGCUCCACCAUGAUCAAGGGGUUCGGAGACCGAUUGCUGCACGAAGUGCAACGACUGGCCGUCAAGGAUAUGCGCAUCAAGAUCUUCGCUCCCCCUGAGCGAUUAUACAGCACCUGGAUUGGCGGCAGUAUCCUGGCGGGCUUGAGCACGUUCAGGAAGAUGUAUGUAACGAUUGACGAUUGGCACGAGAAUCCGGACAUCAUCCAUCAAAAGUUCACAUAG